AUGGGUUCAAGAACUUCUUCAAGACCAUCGCCAUACCCUGCCCGCCAAACGCUAUCCCAGCAGUCGCACGACACCGUCACCGACUCACCUCGAGAUGACCUUAAUCACACGUUAUGGGUCCAACUCUGCACUCAAUGCAUUUUGAUUUCAACGUCGAUGGUUGCAUCAACGUCGAUGAUGUGGCCUCUCGAAGACAAGGAGAAGAACCGGGGUCCACCCAAUCCGCGUUCCCUUCCGCCAAACCUCGAGCGACCUCACGACGAACUUGAAGGAUCUCAACAUUCCCGCAAUAUCUUUCAUCAUGUGAGAGUCUCUGCGAAUCAGCAGGCCAAGAUCCCAGCGACACCCAAGCUAGCUCGUCCGCAAGCUGUCCCUGUGGCAGAACCUUCACUCUUCCUUGACGCUCCUCCUGCUCAUCCUUCACGGUUGAUCGGUAUUGCAGGCGCUUUGGGAGGAUCGCAUACCUCUGAUCACCAAGAGCAGGAACUGGAUGCAUCUGACCGGAUUUUCCAAACGAGUUGCAAGUUAUCUUAUCGGCAUCACGUGCUAAAUCGACACGCUCUCGUUCUGGGCUUCCGCCUGGUGACUUGCCGCCUCUGCCUCCCUCGCCUCGCAUCUCCUCGUCGCCCCCUCAACUACAGCUGCCCAUGUUCAAUGUUGAGCUGGUUGAAGACGAUGGUAAUCAUGCCGAUAUCGAUGAUGGCGCUGCCUCGGAGGAGGAUGCGAAAAAAGUCGUUUGAUUUCACGGGUGAGCUCCAGAAGCUGAAUGAGCCUGGGGCAUCAGAUAGGCGCAGUUUCGUCGAACAACUAGAGAAUGCGUUCAAAACGCCGGCCAAUAUCGACCUGCACAAUCUACUUGCAAUUGACGCGCCUCCGGAACCCCCUAUGCAGUUCAUCAUCGACCAGACUUCCUCGGCACCGUCGUCUUCAGAAAACCGAAGACCAGCGAUCCCCUCGUACCCAGAAUAUCCUUCCCCAAUCAUCGAUCUCAAGGAACCAACACUCUUGCGCGGCUCUGAUAGCCUGGGAAGCGAUAUUGGCCUUUUGCCACAAAAUGGCCCAUUGACCGGUGAACUCAACAUUGGUUUCAAGCUUGGAGCCGCUUACCUUGUCAAACAUUCUUCCACCACCCUCUCACAGUCGCGCUCAUUCCCUGAAUCCGUACUCAAGUCCAUUCUUGCCCAUGCCGGAGAAAUUGCUGCCCAACCCCGCCCACGGGUCAACUCAGACUGCAGUUUACGUCGCUCCGCCAUCGGAAAUUCACGCGCUUCGAUGACCAGCAUGCGUGCUCGAACUCGUUCAAGACCCGCCUCUGGCAUCAGCUCUACCGGAUUCGACUCGUUUGAUGAGGUCCGCAGAGGUUUCGAGUUCCAUGCUAAUCGCCCGACGUUUUAUCCACCACCUCCUGCUGCGCGCAACACUCGAGCUUACCAUGGACAUCAUGAUUCGGUCUUCAGCAUUGGUCUCCGCGAACAACCAUCCUCUGAAGAUCUGUCGAUCUCGCUUUCUAUGAACGUUGAUGACACCUUCUCGUUGUUGGCGCGGGACCCUCGUCGCAAACGUGCGGCCAGCGAUGCAUCUAGUUUCUACUUCAAAGCACCAGCUCAACAAUCACAAACUUCUCGCGGUCAUCGCUAUCGCGAGUCUACCGCUAGCAUUACAUCCUUCUAUAACUGCAACCGGAGCUAUGCAAGUCAUCGCUUGAGCAAAGCGGAUAGCAGCACCAGCUUGCUCGCUCAUCAAUAUACUUCGCAGGGUGCUACUGGUGGUCGUGCCGCUUGGGCGAGACAUCAACAUGAACCCUCGACUGACUCAAUUCUCAGCGAUUUCUCGGUUCCUUGUCUUGGUAGACCUGGGGUUGGCGACAAGAUCUGCAUACGACCAAGGAGCUGCUCUCAGUUAGAUCUCCGCAUCUCCGCCGGAGCAUAG